CCUAAAUUCAUCGUCUCUACCAGUCUGCCUUCUCACAAAGUUUUCUCCCCAAGUCUCAACCCUCCUUUCCCUUUGCGCCACCCACUUUGCCCCCCGCAUUUGAAGGGCUCACUUUGCGCAUUCCCUGCCCAGGGCCGUCCUUCCUUCAGAGGUGAAAGAAGCCGUAUUAUUAUUGAACGUACGAGGAAUGAGUCGGUUGCAGGAGCCUUCAUCUCUUAAACGAAAGCAACCAGAUUCCAGAUCACCACUGGAUUCGCUGACAGAACACGAGCGCAUCAUUUACAAUGUGAUCAGAAGCAAGCAAGACAUGGGAAUCUGGAUGCAAGACAUGAAGCGAGUGGCGAAAGUCCCGGACAAUGUGGCUAACAAAGCUCUCAAAUCCCUUGAAACCAAAAAAUUGAUAAAAGAGGUUGUAAAUAUCCAAAAGAGGGGAAAGAAACACUACGUUGCUGCCGAGUUCGAGCCUGCAACAGAAAUCACGGGCGGGGCUUGGUACUCUAAUGGGAAGAUGGACUUUGUGGUUAUAAAUAUUCUAAAAGACCAAUGCCUGAAAUGGAUUUAUAAGCAGAGGGUUGCGACAUUGGAGGGAAUCUUGGAUGCAAUUAGGAAGAGCGGAAUUUCUAAUGUCGAGUUAACAACCGUGCAAAUUGAGGAGCUUGUAAGAGCUUUGGUUUUGGACAAUGAGGUUGUGGAGGUCAAGAGCAAUGGCAUGGGAGAGUUUGAUUCUAUUCCAGUGGGGAAAGUUUGCUACAAAUCUACAAGCAAGGGAAGUAGAGGAGAUCCGAAGAUCGGGGCUAUGUCUUCCAUUCCUUGUGGGGUUUGCCCUAGGAUAAGUGAUUGUACACCGGAUGGCAUUAUCUCCCCCAAGACGUGCAAAUACUACAGUCAAUGGUUGGACUUCUGAUCUGCGUAUUUAUCUAUGAAUUGUUUAGUUUCUCUCUUAAACUGUUCUUUUUACCAUUGAGAUGUGGUUUUGCAGAAGCUUUGACUUCUAACAAUUUUGUUAUAUAGUAAGAAAAGUAACUUUGUUAGUUGAAACGACAUUGAAUUUGGAAAUAGUCUCGAGUGGCAUCUCUUGGUUUCUAACAG